AUGACAGACGCACAGGAGAACUUUGACGUGAUUCUGACCAAGUAUAAGACGGCCGGAGAAAUUGCCGCCAAGGCGAUGCGCACGCUCGUCGAUGCUGCGCAGGAGGGCAAGACGGUGCUCGAGCUGAUGCAGCUGGGUGACGAGGCUGUGGAGCAGGGCACCGCGGCCGUGUUCAAGGACAAGAAGAUGAGCAAGGGUCUGGCAUUCCCGACCACUGUGUCGAUCAACCAUGUGGUGUGCAACUAUGCGCCUCUUCCCAGUGAUGAAGCGUCUAAGACGCAGCUGAAGAACGGCGAUGUGGUCAAGUUCCAGCUUGGUGCGCAGAUCGACGGCUACCCGGCUGUGCUCGGUGAGACCGUCGUGGUGGGUGCCAGUGCCCAGAACCCAGUGACGGGUCGCGCUGCUGAUGUGAUCAAGGCUGCGCACACGGCUGCCGACGUGGCUAUUCGUUUGAUGCGUCCCGGCAUGUUGAAUCACGACGUUGGCAAGCAGAUUGAGCAGUCGAUCAAGGACUUUGACGUGCGUGGCGUGGAUGGCAUGCAAACGAACCAAUUCAGCAAAGACAACAUCUCUGGAAAGAAGAAGCUGGCUUUUGGCGGCGAUGGAUCGUCGCGCCCCGACGCUUGCAAGCUCGAGGAGAACGAGGUGUACGGUGUGGACAUUGUCGUGUCGACGUCGGCUGACGGCAAGAGCAAGUCGGACGACGCUUUCACGUCGAUCUUCUGCAAGACCAACGCUACGUACCUGCUCAAGAUGGCUACGUCGCGCAAGGUGUUCUCUGAGAUCCAGAAGAAGGCCGGCGCCUUCCCCUUCAACCUGCGUGCGCUCGAAGACGAAAAGCGGGCACGUAUGGGCGUGCAGGAGUGCUCGAACCACGGACUUGUCACGCCCUUCCAGGUCCUGGUGGACGCCAACGCUUCUGCCAUCACGGCCCAGGUAUUCUUCACGGUCGCUGUCAGCGGUAAGGGUGCGAUCCGUCUGACGCCCGCCCCGACGUGGUUCGAUGCCGAGAAGGUCAAGAGCGAGAAGGAGGUGACGAACGAGGAGAUCAAGGCGCUCCUGGCUACGAGUGUGCGCCAGACGAAGAAGAAGACAAAGAAGACGACGGAUGGUUCAUCAGCGCCUGCCGCUGCCUAA